GAACACUGCCCGGAGCGUACACGGACCCAGCCAGCAUGGCUCUGCGGAGCCCCUGUUCAGCCGAGCAGACGAUGCUGUCUCUGCUCACUGGAUCCGCCAAGACUCCCCCUGCUGGCUCCAACACUCCUGCUGGAUCGCUGGCCAGCCUGGUGGCCCUGGAACACCUUGACCUCCACACCGACCACAACUCGCAGCGGGUCAUCGGAGGCCAAGAAGCCCCCAGAAACAAAUGGAAAUGGCAGGUCUCCGUGCAAAUCGCCUAUCCAGAUGACCCCACAUAUUUCUAUCACAUCUGCGGAGGGACCCUUAUCAGCCCCUUUUGGGUCAUGACAGCAGCUCACUGCAUGGAUGUGCAGGAUGAUCUGCUUUACCGGGUGGCCCUAGGUGAACACAACAUCUUCGAGGUGGAUGGGACAGAGUAUUUCAUCGGGGUGGAAAAGGUGGUGGUGCACGAGGACUGGGACCCCUUCUCUAUCAGCAAAGGAAAUGACAUCGCCCUCCUGCGGCUGAGCACGUCAGCCUACGACAACGGCUACGUGGCCUUGGCCCGGCUACCCCGAGAGGACCAAGUUCUGCCUGCUAAUCACCCCUGCUACGUGUCUGGCUGGGGAGUGGACAGCUUGGACUGGACAGUCCCCAGCGUCCUGCAGGAAGCCCUCCUCCCCGUGGUGGCAAACUCGGUCUGCUCCCAGCCCCAGUGGUGGGGUUCCAACGCACUGGACAGCAUGAUCUGUGCUGGCGGCGACGGGGUGUCAGCUGGCUGCAGCGGUGACUCAGGUGGGCCCCUACACUGCUUCUGGGAUGAUGAGUGGCAAGUCCACGGUAUCGUGAGCUACGGGCUCGUGCCCCAGUGCAACACCUUCCAGAAACCCACAGUCUUCACGCGUGUCUCCGCCUUCAUCAGCUGGAUCUACCGCACCACGGCUGCCAACCAUGUGGCCUGAGGAAGCCAGAGACAGGACCAGCGCCAGCCCUGACUCCUGUGGUCCAAUCCAACUGGCCACCUUGAACCAAUAAACCAAACUUCUUUGACGUA